ACUUGUAACGGUGAACUCCCGCUGGGUGUGAAUCGGCCACAGAAAUCGGUGCCUGUGUGUAUUUCUUUCUUUUUUUCUUUCUUUCUCCCACACCCCGGGAGUAGCCUGGUGUGUUCUAGAGUUGGCCAGACGCAGCGCCGAAACGGGUCAGUGAUCUGCAGUGUCUGAGUGUACACUUAAAGUCUACAUGUGCUAUGGGUAAAAAGGGGCGAGUCGCUUGAAUGUGAAGCAGAGCCAAACGCCGCUGUGCAUAAAGCUUAUUGGUGCCCAGAUUUGGGAAGCUCAUCGAGUUACAGCUGUGUCGAUGCAGUGUGGUGUGACCUGGAGCUGCUGAGGAAAAGCAAAACUGAAGUGUACAUUUGUGUUUAAUUACCAUCGAGGAAAGUUCCCGACCAAACUUGCAAUGAAACUUUUAUGAAAAAGCUAAUGAUUGAAGGGAACGUGGUUGUAGUGAAACAAACUAACAGUGAAAAUGUUUUCUCGAAAAAUGAUAAACACCUUUGCGAAGGUGAAUGAGUGUGAAAUUAUUUGCUUAGGUAGUAAUUAACCACCAUUAGAAGUGUGCUCAGCAGUGAACUGAUCGUGUGUACGUGUGUGACCUUGUUGUACAUAAGUGAGUACGAGGAUUGGGAUUGAAACGGAAUAAAAAAAUGUUUCCUGUGAAGAGAAGUGAAACGCUAACACCGAUUGUAGCGUUUGGGCAGAAGUGUGUGGUGGAGGAUACGAUCAGCGAUCCUUGUUAGAGAAGAGAUGUGCAUUUCGGUCCGUGGUUGUUUGAGUGUGUGUCAUCAGUUGUGCGUUGGCUGCUGGCCUUCCAUCGUCUACUGUUGACGUCAAGGUGCGACUAUUUGGUGUGAACGAGCAUAGUAAUAAUCAUAUCCGUUCGAGCUGGCGGGCGGCAUGAUGGAAAGAUUGCUCUCGCGAUGGAACCCCACCGGACAGUCUUCGAAGCCGUUGUUUAUUCGAUAAGGCCAACAUCACCGCAACGCGCACCCACGAACCUUUUAGAAGGAACAAGUGUCACAGGCCGUUCCACUGGCUUCAACAACGUCAAACGCCGGCGGAGCAUAGCAAUCCCGGCUGCGGGAACCAACCACGAAAGCAGACGGGGAAGCGUAGUAAAAAUAGCUUAUACAGGAGCACUACCAUCGACGGCAGCAGGAUGGGUGGGUUUCCGUUCGAGCGAACGACGGUUGACAGCUUUCUGUCACGCUACACGACGGAGACAUCGAUACCGACCGCAACGACGACGGUCACGGCCGUGGAGGAGCUAUUCUUCAACGUCACAUCGUCAUCCGACUCGCUGCCCACCGCCAACGGGACGCUGGAAGUCCUGGUGGAGGACCCACCGACCUAUUCGCUAGCUCAGAUCAUCAUCCUCGGCAUCAUCGCGACCGUACUCAGUAUCCUCACCGUCGCUGGCAAUGUGAUGGUGAUGAUCUCGUUUAAAAUCGACAAACAGCUGCAAACGAUCAGUAACUAUUUUUUGUUCUCACUCGCCAUUGCCGAUUUUGCGAUCGGGCUGAUCUCGAUGCCACUGUUCUCGGUCACCACACUGCUGGGAUACUGGCCACUGGGACCACAUAUCUGUGACACCUGGCUAGCGCUGGACUAUCUGGCAUCGAAUGCUUCUGUGCUGAAUCUGCUGAUCAUCAGCUUCGAUCGCUACUUUAGCGUGACGCGGCCACUGACCUAUCGAGCGAAGCGCACGACUACAAGGGCGGCCAUAAUGAUCGGUGCAGCGUGGGGCAUAAGCUUACUGCUGUGGCCACCCUGGAUCUAUAGCUGGCCAUACAUCGAGGGCAAGCGGACAGUGCCCGAGAAAGAGUGUUAUAUUCAAUUCAUCGAGACCAAUCACUACAUUACGUUCGGUACGGCGAUCGCUGCGUUUUACGUGCCAGUUACCGUGAUGUGCUUCCUUUACUAUCGGAUAUGGCGCGAAACGAAGAAGCGUCAGAAAGAGUUGAAAAAUCUAACCGGUGACCGGAAGAAAGAUUCAUCCAAGCGGUCCAACUCAAGUGAUGAAAACACAGCGGUCAACCAUUCAGGAGGUCACGUAUUGCCUGCUAGCGUUGCCGAGGAUGGCUGGCGAAGACCUCGCAGUGAGUCUUCAGCGGACGCGGAAAGCGUUUACAUGACCAAUGCCGUCCUUCCGGACGGUGCCUACGGACACGGCAUGCUAUCCCGACGAUCAAGCAUCACCAUGAACGGAGUCCCGAAAAAGCCGACCACCUUCUUCGGCGGCAUCAAAGAGUGGUGCAUCGCGUGGUGGCAUUCCGGGCGCGAAGACUCCGACGACUACGGGUAUGACGUCGAGGAACCGUCGGACUUAGGGUAUGCAACACCUGUAUCCAUAGAAACUCCCCUACCAAGCUCAGUCACCAGAUGCACCUCACUGAACGUGAUCCGUGAUCCCUAUGUGGCCAGCAGUGGCGGCCGUAGUAACGUUGUCAGUAUGAUACCGGACAUUUCGCCCACUCCCAUACGCCCUGCUCUGCCACCGCUGGCCCAUCUGCAAGACAUGCACGGCGCACGGGAUUCUCGCUCGCUGCCGAACAGCAACCGGUUAGGAUCGCGGUCAGUCAGCCAGGACUCCGUGUACACCAUCCUCAUCCGACUGCCACCGGAGGGUGGAUCGGGUGACGAGCGGGCACCCUCGAUCAAGAUGAUACAGGACGACGUACCGAUGUCGAUGACGGUACCACCGAGACGUCCGCUACCGUCGCGCGAUUCCGAUUACAUUAUACCGGUAGCGACACGGCGCCAAUCAACCGCAACCACAGACUUCCGGUUACCGCUCUCGGCAAAGAUCAUCUCCAAACCGCUGUCGAAGCAGCAGCAGCAACUGCACCAGGCAAACCUUGCCCAAACCGCCCGCCAGGUGAAGAAGAAGAAAAAGUCCCAGGAGAAGCGCCAGGAAACGAAGGCCGCCAAAACGCUGUCGGCCAUCCUGCUGAGCUUCAUCAUCACCUGGACGCCGUACAACAUCCUGGUGCUGCUGAAGCCACUUACCGCGUGCACCAAGUGUAUACCGCAAGAGCUGUGGGACUUUUUCUACGCACUUUGCUACAUCAACUCGACCAUCAACCCAGUCUGCUACGCCCUCUGCAACGCUUCGUUCCGGCGGACGUACGUGCGCAUUCUUACCUGCAAGUGGCACACGCGUAACCGGGAAGCGAUGACGCGGGGUGUCUACAACUAAACGGUGCCAAGCGGUUAGUUUUUACCAAUCAAAAAAUCACCACCAAUCAAUUUUGAAGGUGUUGGAGUAUUGAAGAUAGAUUUAUUCCAUUAGUGCAGGGUCAUGUUUUGGUUGGGUGUCCUGGGAUGAUUGCGUUGGGAUGUUUAGUUCGUGUCGAAAUGGCCAAAAACAAUGAUGAGCUCUUUGAUGUUUAUUCUGGUGUGGUCCCGUGAUACAGUCGUCAACUUGCUCGACUUAAUAACAUGCCCGUCGUGGGCUCAAGUCUAAAAAAUACAGUACCCUUGUAACAUGGAAUGUGUGACAAUUCGGCUGCUGAACUGUGUGACUAUUCGGCGGCCGUCCUGAAUAAGUCUUGAAAUCUUGUAUAGGCCGGCAUGUCCGCGUGGGACAUUACGUCAAAUAGAAGUCUAAAGCACAUACUAUUUAUUGUAAAGUUUUUUUUCCCUAGAAAAUUCCAUGGUACCGAUGAUCGAUUCUCAAAAAGUUGAAUACUAAAACAACUUUUGCAAUUAACUUGAAGAAAAUGUUAAAAUCUAGCAUAUGAUUUCCAGUGCACAAACAAACAAAAAAUAUGUUUCCAGUGACUAAUCGUACAUUGAACCGUAAUGAAAGUAUGAAAGGAAUUUAGUAUGUAAUAUGUGUUUUUGCUAUGAUUUCUGCUCAAAAACUGGACUCAGCGACCAUAAGAAAACAAAGCGGUAACUUUUUCUGCAUGACAUCCUUACCCCAGACCGGAUAUCAAUCGACUUCCGAUGCCUCCGUUUUCGUGACAGCGCGAGCCUGCCAGGCGUUCCCGUUUGACCUUCGGUGACAGUUAAGCCCCGGCCAUCAGUCAGCUUCAGGUGCCUUUUUCCGACGGACACACGGUGUAGAUUUCUAAUAAGCGAGACUACGCGAAACGGAAGUCAAACCGUUUGCUGUUGCUGCUGCUGCUGUGUCCCCAAGGAGCGUCAAGCUUCAACCGGAUACGAAAUCUCUUCCAUGGCUUUGCUGCUGCUGAGCCAAUUUAAUUCUCACUUGCUCCUGUUUCUAGCCUGUGUUUUCCUAAAUAAUUCUCAUUUCCCACACCUCAACCCCUGCCCGUCCCGGUGCGACUGCGAUUCUUUUUCCCAAAAUCUUGUGCGCUUUGCGUGUCGUUCCGGUCGGUGCCUUUGUGUUUGUAGCUGUUGCGUGUUUAAUUAAGAUUAAUGAGUGUAUUUGCUUUACUGUUCUCGGCAUACAAGUUGACUGUUUCUCUUACUGUUAAUAUGAACAAAACAGAAGAAAAACGUGGUAAAGGGAUAAGCCGAGCCAAGGUGGGCAGCUGUGGUGAAAGAGGAUGAUGGGCGAGAAGGUAAGGUUCCUCUUUGCAUCCUUCCAUGUACGCUGCUACGGCGACGGAAGAUUCCAUUGGGGAAUAGGAAAAGUUCACUACAGACCAAGCCAUUUUCGCUAGAACGAGACGCUUGGUCACUAUGUCUCACUUAAGACUGGAGCGUAAGGUAAAAAUUCUACCGACCAACCAUCUUAGCUGUGCCUGUGUCAGCUUAUGUGUGCACACGCACUGCAGGAUUGGGAAAGCUCAUAAGCAUAAAGCGAGAGAUUUGGGAAUGUUUCUCCGAUGUUAAUUACAUUAAAUCUCAAUGUACAUCUCUGAAUAUAUGAGUAAUCGCAUACAUAUAAAGUUUUCCUGGUAAUGUCAAUGUUGGCACACGCAGGUUGGAAAGUCGUGACACAUACACACGCACCACGUGGUGACGAUUAUUUAAAAAGGGACACCCCAUGGGGAAAUGAUUUUAGCGCUCUGCACAAUGAUUGUGUUAUAAUUUAGAACAUUUGCUCUAAAUCAACACAAACAUAUUUGUGAAACUUUUGUGUAAAAGUUGAUCAUUUGCGUUGAGUGCUCAUUUGUUUUUGGCCCCUUUAAGUGAUAGGAUAGACAACAGGGUACACAAUAUCUUCACGGUUCAGCAGAUUUCUUAUAGAUUUUUGUAUAAUAUCAUUCGUUUCAUUGUUAUCGAAUUGAACUUACAUUGAAGAAAUACUAUAGAGGCAAAUAUUUUUAAAAUACCAAACUGUAAUUACCAACAUUUUAGUAUCAAAGGGAAUUGUUUGCGCAUAGAUCGUGCUGUUGGCUUUGGCCGCAUAAAAAGGCAGUUUUUACUGAAAACAAAUAUAAAAAUCUAUCAAAAUUGGUAACACAAUACUUCAAAAAGUAUCGCAUGAGAUAGUUGAUAGCGUCUUUUUUAAAUUGUUAGAACUGUGUUGAGUUAGGAAGUUGUGGUGUGACGUAUUGUGAAGCUCUUCAGGACAUUCCAGGACACCGAUGAAACAAAAUACAAAAGCUCUUAGUUAAAGUAUAGUACAUUGAACGACAACAAAGCAAAAAACAAAAACAAACUCUGUAACAGUUAAGCUUGAUGAGUAAUAAUGGUUAAAACGGUAAACGAACAUCGAUAUCAUCUUGAACAAAAGCAUCCUAAAUGGCGAUUGUAUGUUUUACGGCCUAAAUAAAGUUAGUAACGACACAACAUUUACAUACACUUUCGUGAGCAUGGAAUGCCACAACAUCUAAUGCACCAAAUAAACAGUUUACCAUUACUUCUCACAAGCACAAACGGUGCACAAUCACAGGACGGCGUUGCGUUAUUAUCCUCCUGAUACGUUACGGUGUUAGAUAGGUGUUUGAAUCAACUGAGUGUGUGUGUGAGAGAGAGAAAGAGGAAGAGAGAAAGAGCGAGAGAGAGAGAGAGAGAGCGAGAAAGAUAGAGAGAGAUAGAGAGAGCGAGAGUGCGUUGAAUUGAUACGCGAAGUACGUUAACGAAGUGGUUAAUUUUUAAUCAGUUAAUCGUGCGUGCAACGUGUUCAGUUGAGUUUAAACACUCUCUAUAUACAUCUUUGGACAGCAAAAAUACACUAUUGUAGCAAGGUAGAAACCAGGAACUUUAUCGUAUGUAAAUCACUAGCACUCACGCAACGCGUAGAAUGAACUGUACUAGCGAGAAUUUAAGAUAAAACCAUACCAAAACACACACAGUAGAUCAGAUAGGAAGGUGACGAAAACCAAACCGUUCAACACAGCGACAAACAAUGUAAUUAGCCACAAACAUGUAAACGGUAGCGAUAGUAGUGUGCAAAUAGUAGAACCAUUUCAUCGUCAAAAAAUAGUACCAAUCUCAUAACAUUCAUUAGCGCACUAGGUGCGGACAUAGACAUUGCUAAUUUAGUCGCAAAAAAACCUAGUGCGUAGACAAACUUAUAUCGAUGGUCGGUAGUACCGGUAACGCUGCAAAUAUAGCCACUGCAAAACGGUGACCACACACACAAUUGAAACAUUGCUCACGGAUUAGGGAAAAGAGGGAUGCGUCGGAAUGCCGUCGUCAUCGUCAUCAUUGUCGAACGCGCUCGAACAAAAGGAACCCUCGAACGGUCCGAGUCGUUGGUGAAGGUAGCACUCUGUAAGAGAUUGCAAGGAAGCUGAUGUUUUUGACUUACGGUCACUGCUACCAGACAGAUCAGAGAGGCCUGAAGUCGAGCGCGUUCAAGGAUUAGAAGAUAGUAAUUGAUAUGUGAAAAAAGAAACCAAACAAAACGAACCAAAUGUUGACUUUAAGCACAUGGAAUUAAUGUGUAGAAUUUUUUGUACAGAAAAUUGUGACCUAUCGGCGAAAUGUUUUACCUUUAUUAGAUUUAUCGUACAGCUAAAUUUUCUGUUGCCUUUUUCCGUGGUGGAGAUUUUCAUACUGCCUGUAAGCAUUGUGUGCAAUGUUUCAUGCGAUUUGUUGAUUAACAUUGUACACAAGAUUGCAAGAUUCACAUCAAAAUAGUAUUAACGCUUCAUAACGCUUCGUAACGCUUUCCGUUUCUUCUCGGCCUCAUUUCAUAUUCCACACAGUAUACCAUACAAUCAUUACCGCAAGUAAAAGAAGAUAUUGAACGAUUCAGUACUGGGAAAAGCUAAUAUAAAAACUGUAACGACAAGAACAAACAGGCGAUAACAAUGUAGGGAAGGCAUAAUUUCGCACAGAGUACGAAAACGUUAUAUAUUAUUCAGCAGACAAUAAAUAAAUUUAAUGUAAGUCGACUAACUUUGUAAUGUAGCACAAAUGAUGGGAGAAGUUGAAGGACGUUCUAUUUCGAAAUGUGCAAUGAACAUUGGUUAAUCGUGAGUAGGUUAUAUUUCGUCGGGCACUGUAAUGAAUACCGAAAAGACACAAAGCUGUACAACAACAUUAACAUUUGCAACAAAAAACAAACUAGUUCAUACAUACAAUCAUAAUCAGAAUGUAUGCUAGUGGGUGUGUGAGAGUCACAGAGAGAUAGAGAAAAAAAAGGAAAACAAAA